CCAAGGCUGCGACGAGAUAUCCUCAUGCGAGUGCAAGUUGUGGUAGAGCUGCUUCCGCAGCGCUCAACGGUGUGCCUUUCUUUCGACCAUGCUGAUGUGACUGGCAAUCAUGUUAAAGCCCAGCUCAAUGCGCAGACAAAUGUUCCGUUCGACCUGGUACAACUCCUGCACGGCAUGACGCUCCUUGACGACACAUGUGGGGUUCCCCAUGCCCCAAAUGUGCUACGCGCUGUGUGCGGUCGGGGUUUGUUGGGCGGAAAGGGCGGGUUCGGUGCCAUGCUUCGAAGUCAAGGGAAAGGCGCAGGUGCCAAGGCGACGCGGGACUUUGGCUCGUGCCGCGACCUCAGCGGUCGUCGCUUGCGCCACGUCAAUCAGGAAAUCGCCAUCCAGAAGUGGAACGAAGAGGAAGGGCUUCGCGCGCAACGCAAAAAGGACGGCAUCGAAGACCGCGAACUGCCCGUGGAAGAAACCCCCAGCGGCAUUGCCGGAUGGCACUUGAACACUCCAUCGUGGGCCGAAGGGUUUGGGAAGAAGGCGUCCACUCGCAUGAAGCGCAAGCGGAAGACGAUCAUGUGCACGAGUUGGAUCCAAGCGCGCGCGCGCGCGACGCCGCCGCCGAAUGCACGUCGCGACUGGGGAUGCCCGCGCGGCCGCAACUGCAAUUACGCGCACGGCGAGCUCGAACUGCGCGGCGAGGAAUUGACGCUGUACAAGAAGGAGCAAAAGGAGAAAAGUCUGCGAGAAAAGGACCUGAAGCGGGACCAGUACGUCCACGCGAUCGCCCCCGCCGCGCUGGAAGCCGACGUGAACGAUGCGUUUCUAGCAGGUCUGCGACAGCGUAAGACGCUCCAGGCGUCGCAGGACGCCAUCAAGGCCGAGCUGCAGGCCAAGAUGGUGUUUACUCCCGGUGACGCCAAGUGGGGCGGCGGCGUGUCGUCUGUCGCCGGGAGCUGGCUCGUCCCGUUGAACGGCAACGUCCAUGUGAAGCAAUCGACGGCCGAGGAGAAUGCGACCGUGGAAGGCCGCGGAUCGUUCGGCACCGCAACUGUGUUUGGGUGCGCUUUGCAUCGCGGGAAAUGGUACUACGAAGUGGAGCUGUUGUCGGCCGGUGUGAUUCAGGUGGGGUGGGCUGACGCCACGUUUGAAGCGGACGAGGACGAAGGCGACGGCGUCGGCGACCACAUGGCGUCAUGGGCGUACGAUGGAUGCCGCCAGGUCAAGUGGACUGGCGGCGAGUCGGCCGCGUACGGGGCCAAGUGGGCGGCGGGGGACGUGGUCGGGUGCUCUGUGGACAUUGACGCUGGCACGAUUGAGUUUGCACUCAACGGUACGUCGUUGGGGGUGGCGUUCACGGAUGUCCACGCCACGGACGCGACCAGCAUGCACCCAGGCGGCGUCUUUCCCGCGUUUAGCCUGGAAACGAACGAGCGCAUCCGAGUCAACAUUGGCGACCGCUCGUUUCACUACAAACCGACCGACUGUACCCCCGUCUUGGACGCGCUGGUGGACGUAGGUACAAAAGCGGCAACGUCACUAGUGCCAACAGAGCAAGCCAUAUCAUCAAACUCCGAAGAGGAAAAGACCCCCCCCCCGCCGGUACAUGAUGCAGCGGCGCCAGAAGUCGACGCGCCAUCUCUUUUAACAGACAUCUUACUCGAUCAAGAACCAGCCCCAUCUGCUUCUCCUCGUCUUGCGGUAUCCCCCGUGCAAGUGAAUAUGUUGGAAGACUUGAUGGCAUUUGAAUCGAUCGAUGCGUUGAAAGCACUGGGUAUGGACAAACUCAAACACGAGUUGAAGCAUCGCGGGCUCAAAUGCGGAGGCACGCUGGAGCAACGAGCGGAGCGUCUGUAUUCGAUUCGAGGCAAGGCGAUCCAGGACAUUCCACGCAAUUUGAAAGCCAAGGUGUGAGGUUGGAUAAGUUUCAAGAGAUGUGAAUGGCCAAUCAGCAUCGUCCCCAGCAAGUCUAAAAGUAUAGGUUUGAAUGGUCUAAGUGUGUGAGUAUGUUAUGCAACUGCUGGUGGGGGUGAUGGUACUACUGGUGCUGCUUGGGGCCAACGGGCGAUGGUUUUAAGCUCAAGCUGGGCACAAACGACCGGUGGGUCUGUCGAGGCAAUGGAGGAGGGGGGGGAGGGGGAAGGGGGUGGUGCACGUGGAAUUGCAUGGCGAGCGACGCCACGGACGACGUGAUGGGAGGGGGUUGGUACCCGUAAAAUGGAGUAGGGGGCGG